ACCAUAUUCAUUGGAUCUGUUACUUUAAAAACGGCUUAUGAUAAGUCGAAUUGAUGCCAGAGACACAAAUUUUAAUUCCCGCAAGCUAAUAGUAAAAUCAUGCAUAAAUGGCUAACUCAAUAAUCUAUUCUGCCCAAUCAAUAGUGAACACACCUCGUCGACCGUACUAUAUUCAUUGGGUGCAUGCGAUAUUAUGGCCGGUUACUGGUAGACCGUUUCGGUGGGGCGAUCUUCGUCCAUUCCAUAUAAAAUCAAUCGUGAACUUGGACACCUCGCAAGUUCUUCCGCUGCCCUUGGGUUAGGUUGUACCGCAAUGAGGAGUUUCACGCUAUUCGCCACAAUCGUGGCACUAACUCAAGCUCGCCCAGAGCCCCCGUCAUCUGGCUACAGCUACCCAGUACCUUCGGUCGGUCUCGGCAGUGGUUCUAGCAUCGGGAGCAUCAGCCUAUCAGGCCACGGGUCCGGCUUAUCCAGUCACAGUGCCAGCCUAGGAGCCAGUUACGCAGCCGGUCACGGUCAUGGUCUGUCAUUUGGCGGAGGCGGAGGAUUGUCAUUGGGAGGUGCUGGGUUGAGCCUAGGCCAUGGAGGUUCCUCAUUUGGUUCUAACAGCUUUGCUGGAUCAUCUUCCUUUGGCGGCUCAUCUUCCUUUGGCGGAGCCUCAUCGUUCUCAGGAGGAUUCGGCCAUGGCGGAGGUUUCGGAGGCGGCCAGUUGGUCCAGAAGCACAUCUACGUCCACGUACCACCACCAGAACCUGAGGAGUACCACCCACCCAAGCACUAUCAUGUACCGGCUCCCCAGAAGCACUACAAGAUCAUCUUCAUCAAGGCACCAACUCCACCCACGCCUACGGUACCUACAAUACCUCUGCAGCCUCAAAACGAAGAGAAGACCUUGGUGUACGUCUUGGUGAAGAAACCUGAAGAACAGCCUGAAAUUCAGAUCCCAGUCGCACCACCAACACAACCAUCCAAACCAGAAGUGUACUUCAUCAGAUACAGGACCAACAAGGACGGCUCCGCGGGUGGGUCAUUCUCAGGAUCCUCCUUCUCUGGGGCAUCUUUCGGAGGCGGAGCUUCACUUGGUGGCGGAGCUUCACUUGGUAGCGGAGCUUCACUUGGAGGUGGAGCCUCACUUGGGAGUGGGGCUUCCUUAGGGGGCGGAGCAAUUUCUGGUGACUCGUUGGACGCAUCGCAGGUGUCGCUGACUGGAGGUGGAUCUGAUUUGUCUAGCGGUGGUGGACACGGCAGUUCAUUAGCUGGCUCAGUGAGUCUGAGCUCAUCAUCAUCUGGAUCAUCUGGUCUAUCGACCAGCUACGGACCUCCAGGACACGUGAGUGGAGGGCCCUAUUAGAGACUGUGCGCGUGUGCGACGGGUAAAUUUCGGUGACGCUUAUAAAGACAGACCCGUGUUUUGUUUUGUAAAUAGUCAUUAGGUUUAAGUUGUUUUUCGUUGUGAUUUUAUUUGCUGAUACGGUG